AUGAGUACAAACGAAAAUACAACUUUAUUAAGGGGCAACAAUAAGAGUACAAACAAGUAUCAAAAAUUUUGGAAUUUUAUAUACUUUACAUUAGUUCAUAAUAAAAAGAAAAUUGUCAUUAUGACAUGUUUUCUUGUUAUACUCAUAAUGACUCUUUUCACUCAAAUGUCCGAUGGCUCUCCAUUUUUCCAUCAUAAUGAUAGUGUAUUACAUUCAAAUAGAAAGAGAAAUGUUAUAUUUUUUGUAACAGAUGGUAUGGGUCCAGCAUCCCUGUCUUUAACCAGAUCCUUUAGACAAUAUAUCGAUGGUUUGCCUAUCAACGAUACUUUAGUCUUAGAUAAACAUCUAAUAGGUAAUUCACGUACAAGAUCCUUUGAUUCAUUAGUCACCGAUUCAGCAGCAGGUGCCACCGCCUUUUCAUGCGGUCUAAAGACUUACAAUAGUGCAAUUGGCGUGGGCCCAUUCAAGCAACCUUGUGGUACUAUAUUAGAAGCUGCUAAAUUGAAUGGCUAUUUAAUUGGUCUUGUAGUGACAACUAGAAUCACAGAUGCUACCCCAGCUUCUUUUAGUGCACAUACUGACUACAGAAUGCAGGAAGACUUGAUCGCUUUGCAUCAAAUUGGUGAAUAUCCUUUGGGUCCAAUGGUUGAUUUAAUGAUUGGUGGUGGGAGAACGCAUUUUUAUCCAAGGGCAACAAAUAACAGUGAUGUCACAAAAUAUGGGUUAAAUGGAUCCCGUUUGGAUGGAAGAAAUCUGAUAGAAGAAGUGGUCUCUAAUGGCUGGCAAUAUGUAGGUGAUCGAGAAGAGUUUGAUCGUUUGCAAAUGGGGUUUAAUGUAUCUUUGCCAUUAAUGGCUUUAAUGUCUGAUUUCGAUAUACCAUUUGAAAUCGAUAGAAAUAAUUCGGUCUAUCCUUCUUUAGAAGAACAAACUAUUACAGCUUUAAAUGCACUAAGUAAAGCAACUGAACAAUCCGAUCGCGGAUUUUUCCUAUUAAUUGAAGGUUCAAGGAUUGAUCAUGCAGGGCAUCAGAAUGAUCCUGCUGCUCAAGUUAGAGAAGUGUUAGCAUUUGAUAAAGCAUUCCAAGCUGCUAUCGAAUUUUCUGAAAACACAGAUGUAGAAACUAUUUUAAUUUCAACUUCAGAUCAUGAAACUGGUGGUUUAACUUUGGCAAGACAAGUGACAAAGGAAUACCCUGAAUAUAUCUGGUUACCUGAAGUCUUGGCAAACGCUUCUCAUUCUGGGGAGUAUGCUAAAAAGAAAAUCAUUAAUUUUUAUAAAUCAUUAAAUGAUGAAGAAGAUAAUAAUAAUAAUAACAGAAGAAAAAAAAUUGAUUUCAUUACAAAAGAAAUAUUAGAGAAGGAUUUGGGUAUUUUUGAUUACACUGAUGAUGAUAUUGAAUAUUUGAUUAAUGCAAAAACUGGAGAUCUUGUUCAAGAUAAGCUUAAUGAUAUGGUUUCGUUUAGAGCGCAAAUUGGUUGGACCACUCAUGGGCAUAGUGCUGUUGAUGUUAAUAUUUAUGCUUAUGCCAAUAAACGAAAGGCAUGGUAUGAUAUUUUGGAUCAUUUACAAGGUAAUCAUGAAAAUAUUGAAAUUGGACAAUAUAUGGCUAAAUACUUGAAUCUUGAUCUACAAAAAGUUACAUCUAUGAUUAAUGGUACUAAACAUUCACCUGAUAUUGCUGUUAAAGAAUUAGAGAAGGGUAUCAUAUAUGAUGAAUAUCACCAUAGAUUAAUCAAUAAGUAA